AUGGAGCAACAGAUUCUACAGGGGAUAGGGACAGCAGCAGAAGGUCCAAAAAAAGUGUCUCAGGCCAGCCAGCCUGAUGGCGUGGGAGAUUUCCCAAGGUGCAUUGCAACAAAAUGGCUGAAACGGGAUGCUGAAGGAGGACAGACCAAGGAAUGGGAAAGCCAAUGGCAGGAAUUCUUGAAGGCCUUAGAUUACCCUCUGUCGGGAUGGGGGAGCCCACCAGCAAAAGACCCUGGACCCUGGGAAGAUGCCAAGGCCUUUUUGGCCUCCUUUGAGCAAGUGGCCGAAGCCUGCCGGUGGCCGAGAGAAGAGUGGGCGUCCCGGCUCUUGCCAGCGUUGAGUGGAGAAGCCGAGCAGGCCGUUAGCAUCCUGGAAGCCAAAGACAGGGGGGACUAUGGGAAGGUGAAGGCCGCCAUCUUGCGAGGGGACGCCAUCAAAAUGGAGACGCAACGCCAGCACUUCCGGCAGUUCCGCUACCAGGACGUUGAAGACCCACAAAGGGUUUACGGCGAACUCCAGGAGCUUUGCCGUCAGUGGCUGAAACCGGAGAGGCGCUCCAAGGAGCAGAUCUUGGAGCUGCUGAUCCUGGAGCAGUUCCUGGCCAUCCUGCCCCCGGAGAUCCAGAGCUGGGUCCAGGAAUGCGGCCCAGAGAACUGUGUCCAGACGGCUGGUCUGGCAGAGGACUUCCUGAUGAGCCAGCAAGAGACUGAGACAUGGAAAUGGCAGGUCUUGGUGCCCUCCAAGGAUGUAAUCCUGAGUCCGCCGGGCUCUGGAAAGAAGGACCUGUAUGUAGAACCCAAGCCGGGUAUUAGCAUGGAUGCUAAUUUGUCAGAUGGUGGUACGAUGGCCGCCGGUCAUUCCACGUCGCUGCUUCUCCCUGAGGGUUGGGAAUCAGCUGAAGCAGGGCCGGCUGAGGGUUCAGUAGACUUUGAACUCGCCGUCCACUUCACUGAAGGGGAAUGGGCCCUGCUGGAUCCAGGCCAGAGAGCUCUGUACAGAGAAGUACUCCAAGAGAAUUAUGGGAAUGUGACAUUAAUGGAUAACAGGACCCCGACUGAGAUCAAAGUGGAAACUUUUCAGUGGCAUGGUCCUGAGGCGGCUGGAUCACAAGAGAGCUUCCCAGAGAGAUCCCCUGGAUCUGUGAAACUUGAGACCCACAAAGAAGGAGGUGAUUUGGAGAGGCUACAAGGGAGGAGGGCUGGACAGAGAUGGCGUGGAUCCGUUCAGUUUGUGGAAGGUCUGCGAUCCCUUAACAAACGUGCCUCCCAGGAGGCCGAGAGAAAACAUGCGUGCCCUGAAUGUGGUAAAAGGUUUCAUUAUCGGUCCCAACUGGUGAAACAUCAGAUGAUCCAUACAGGCUUAAAACCUUACAGAUGUAUCGUCUGUGGGAAAAACUUUCAAAGAAAAGAUAACCUCCUUGCACAUCAGAAAAUCCAUACAGGAGAGAAGCCGUACGGCUGCUCUGAGUGCGGAAAAAGCUUCUACGACAGAGGCAAGCUGCUUCGGCACCAGAAGGUCCACACAGGGGAGAAACCUUUUGAGUGUCCCGGGUGCGAGAAAAGCUUCCCCCGGAAAGGGAACCUCCUCACGCAUCAGAUGAUCCAUACAGGCGAGAGGCCGUAUGAAUGCCCCGAUUGUGGGAGGCGUUUCUGUGAGAGAGUCCGACUGAGUCGGCACCAGAGGGUCCACACCGGCGAAAAACCUUACGAUUGUCCUUGGUGUGGGAAGAGAUUCCGAAGGAAAGGGAAUCUGGCUGCACACCAGAAAAUCCACACCGGCGAGAGGCCGUACUCCUGUUCAGAGUGUGGGAAAAGCUUCAGCGAGAAAGCCAAACUGAUUCGUCACCAGAGAGUCCACACGGGAGAGAAACCGUACUCAUGCCCGAUGUGUGGGAAAAGCUUCAAUCAGAGAGAGACCCUGAUGAGGCACUGGAAAGUCCAUACAGGGGAGAAACCUUACAAGUGCCUGGACUGCGGGGAAAGCUUUGGUCAAAAAGAGACUCUCCUUAGGCAUCAGAGAAUUCACACGGGAGAAAAUAUGAUAAGUGUUCUGGCCCAGCAGCCUGGUUUUGCAGAUUGGCUCACCUUAACCAUGGACAGCGAAAAUGGGAAAGCGCAAGAGGCGAUAAAGCAGGAAAUUUCAGAAGAGCAUCUGAUCGACCUGAAAAAGGAGAGAGCGCAUGAGGGGGGACCCGAGGAGCUGACGGACAACGAGGGGAUGCCAUUAAAAGAGGAAAAGGAGAGCGUGACUAGCGUGGCGUUACCAGUAAAAGAAGAAAACAAGAACGUGACCACCGAUGAGUCUGCGACAGCAGAUCGUUUUUCUGGGCCUGUCCAUCCACCGAUGCCUACUUCCCAAGCUGUCUGUCGUCCGUCUCCGUCACCUCAGGAUAAUGAAGAAAAGCAGACUGGUCUGCCCGAAAGGAGAGGCGACGAACUUCAAGCUGAGGAAGAGAGCAGUGAGGAAGAAUUACUGAUAGAUGAGGAAGGAGACAGGAACGACAGUGAGGUUUUGGAGGCUGGAAGCAUUGGGAGCAGGGAAGAUGAAAGUCUCCGAGCCCUGGGAACUGAAGAAAUAAGGCAGAGAUACGGUGACAUAUGUCAGAGCAAUACAGCCUUCCAGGAGAUGAUGUUGAGUCUCAAAGCUGGGUGGCUAGGGGAGAACAAGGAAGGGGAGCCUUCAUUGGGAAGCUCUGAUCGCCUGCAGCUGAACCGGAUGAUGUGGGGGGGAGACGAAGUCAGCUUCCCCAGAAGUGAAGGACAGGCGGGUGCCUCCGAGAGCAGCCUGUUGGAGAACAGAGUGCCAAUCUCGAUUCCUUUCGGGGGAGGCUUCUUUGAUUUCAGCGAGUUCGCAGUCCAGCAAAGUUUUCUCCAGAAGACGAACCAAGAGAUCUCGAAGAGCUUUGGAGCAAGUCUGAGCCAGAGUUCUCAGCUUGGGGCGCCAGAGAAUGGCCCAACGGUUGAGAAACCGUAUCAGUGUAAUGAAUGCGGGAAAUGCUUUGGGAAGCGGUCGACCCUGAACACACAUGUAAGAACCCACACGGGAGAGAAACCGUACAAGUGUUCACAUUGUGAGAAGCGGUUCUGCCAGAACUCCCACCUUCAGCUGCACGAGAGGACUCAUACUGGCGAAAAACCCUACAAAUGCCUUUUGUGCGAGAAGAGUUACAACCAACGUUCGAGCCUCAUCAUCCAUGAGCGUAGCCACACUGGAGAGAAGCCAUACACUUGCACAGAGUGUGGGAAGAGCUUCAGCCAGAAGGCCACUCUUGUCCUGCAUGAAAAGAGCCAUCGGGGAGAGAAACCCUACAAGUGCCUUGAGUGUGGGAAAGGGUUCAGUUUGAGUGCGGACCUCAUAAGGCACCAGAGCAUCCACACAGGAGAGAAACCGUACACUUGCUCUGAGUGCGGGAAAAGCUUCAGCCAGAACUCCCACCUCAUGGCACACAUCCGGACCCACACAGGUGAGAAGCCGCAUAAAUGUCUGGAGUGCGGAAAGGGUUUCAAUUGGAGCUCGGAGCUGAUUGCCCACGAGCGGAUUCACACGGGUGAGAAGCCGUACCAGUGCAUGUACUGUGAGAAGAGCUUCAGCGUCCGCUCGAGUCUUAGCAAGCACGAGCGAACCCACACGGGAGAAAAACCAUACAUUUGCCUCCAGUGCGGGAAGGGUUUCAUCCAACGGUCCAGCCUAGUAGCUCACGAGAGGUCCCACACGGGUGAAAGACCCUAUAUGUGCUUAGAUUGUGGGAAGUGCUUCCGGGAGAGUUCCCAACUCAUUGCCCAUGAGCGAACACACACCAGCGAAAAGCCGUACGUCUGUCCAGAGUGUGGGAGCUGCUUCAAGGCUAAGGCGGCCCUGAUUCGCCAUCAGCGAAGCCACCUGGGCUUAAACUCUUUUAUAUGCGCUGACUGCGGGAAGAUUUUCUCAUCCAGUGCCGAGAAUCCAGAAAAAUGCCCUGAGUGUGUGAAUAUGAGCCUGAUGUCGGACCUCUCGCAGGCGUCGGAAGAGGCCUAUCCGGAGGCGAUGGAAGGAGAAAAUGAUGGAAUUAAAAUGUGA